UGCGUGUUGGCUGUCAUGGGAUUGCAGGGAAAUGCAGUGGCCUGCGGGGCUGCUCGAAGGCUCCUGCUGGCCGGGGAACUCGAUGGGUCCCGGGGCGCGUCUGCACAAGGACACUCAGGAGAGCCCUCCUGGAACAGAGACCACGAUGACACGGCAUCAACGCGUUCCGGGGGAACCCCCGGGCCCUCCAGUGGAGGACACACAUCGCACAGUGGGGACAACAGCAGUGAGCAAGGUGACGGCUUGGACAACAGUGUAGCUUCCCCCAGCACAGGUGAUGAUGAUGAUCCAGAUAAGGACAAAAAGCGACAUAAAAAGCGUGGCAUCUUUCCCAAAGUAGCCACAAAUAUCAUGAGGGCAUGGCUGUUCCAGCAUCUAACACACCCCUACCCUUCAGAAGAACAGAAAAAGCAGUUGGCACAAGACACAGGGCUCACUAUACUUCAAGUGAACAAUUGGUUUAUUAAUGCUAGAAGAAGAAUAGUUCAGCCCAUGAUAGACCAGUCCAAUCGAGCAGUAAGCCAAGGGACGCCCUACAACCCUGACGGGCAGCCAAUGGGAGGCUUCGUGAUGGACGGCCAGCAGCACAUGGGCAUCCGAGCGCCAGGGCUGCAAAGUGUGCCAGGGGAUUAUGUGUCUCGGGGUAGUCCAAUGGGUAUGAACAUGGGACAGCCAAGCUAUACCCCGCCCCAGAUGCCCCCCCAUCCCGCUCAGCUGCGUCACGGCCCCCCCAUGCAUACCUACAUUCCUGGACACCCUCACCACCCAGCGAUGAUGAUGCAUGGAGGACCACCCCACCCCGGAAUGCCCAUGUCAGCAUCCAGCCCCACAAUGCUUCAUCCCGGCGAGCCGGCGGCGAGCGGACAAGUGAUGGACAUUCAUGCUCAGUAGCUUAAGGGAACGAAUGCGCGCUGUCCGCAGAGACGGCAGAUUUCAAACAUUGUCUUUCUGCAAUGACUAUGGAGUUCCAUUCUUGGCGUCGACUUUGGACCAAGGGACGUUCCUAUUCCUCACAGGGACCCUGACAAGCAGGAAAACACCGACUGAAGUCAACUUCUGGGGACAUGCUAAAUACCUAUAUAAGACAUUAAGAGAACAAAGAGUGAAAUAUUGUAAAAUGCUAUUAUACUGUUAUCCAUAUUACGUUGUUUCUUAUAGAUUUUUUAAAAAAAAAUGUGAAAUUUUUCCACACUAUGUGUGUUGUUUCCAUAGCUCUUCACUUCCUCCAGAAGCCUCCUUACAUUGAAAAGAAGCCUUACACUCAUCCUGCAAAUGACAGAAAGGGCUUAUUUGCAGGAUUUUUAGAGCAUUAAAAUAACUAUGUCAGGCAGAAGAAUCUUUCUUCUAUCCUAGGAUUUCAGCCAUGCACACUCUCUCUCUCUCUCCUCCUCCCCUCUCUCCCCCUUUCUUCCCUUUCUCUCCCUUUCUCUCCGUCUCUCUCUCUCUCUUUCUAGCCCGGGGCGUGAAUUUGCAUGUCUAAUUCAUUUACUCACCAUAUUUGAAUUGGCCUGAACAGAUGUAAAUCGGGAAGGAUGGGAAAAACUGCAGUCAUCAACAAUGAUUAAUCAGCUGUUGCAGGCAGUGUCUUAAGGAGACUGGUAGGAGGAAGCAUGGAAACGGAAAGGCAGUGUAUCUGAAGCCUAAUUGUCACAUCAGAGCAUCGUUGUCCCCAUGCAGCAACCACCACCUUGUACAUCACUUCCUGUUUUAUGCAGCUCGAAACAUGGACUGAAGAUUUAUUUUUAAUAUGUUGACUUUCUUUCUGGGCAAAGCAUCGGUCAUGUGUGCAUUUUUCCAUAGUCCCAUCAUGGAGCAUUUAUGUAUACAUUGUAAAUAAAUUUUGUGCAAAAAGGACUGGAAAAAUGAUCUGUAUUAUUGCAAUUUUUUGUAAAAGUAGCAGUUUGGUAUGAGUUGGCAUGCAUACAGAUUUACUAAGUGGGAUAAGCUAAUUAUACUUUUGUUGUGGUUAAACAAAUGCUUGUUGAUAGCCUUUUUCUAUCAAGAAACCAAGGAGCUAAUUAUUAUUAAUAAUAAUCAUUGCACACUGAGUCUUAGAGUUUCUGAUUGAAACAGUUUGGAUUGUAUAAUAACUCAAAGCCCAGUUGUAGUAGUUUGAGUGCAGUAAUGAAAUCUGAAUCUAAAAUAAAAACAAAUUAUUUUUUGUCA